AUGCAGAACGAAUUUUCCACCGAUUUGUCUUCGCAAUCAAGAACAUUCAUUUCGGAAUCUAAUCCAGAAUCUUGUUCAUUUGAAUUGUCUUCUUCUCCUCAGCAUAUUCAAGAAAUAUCACGACCAGAGUAUUCUUCCCGGAACGAUAAUGAUAACGAUCAUUCAGAGAGUCAACCUUCUGUAAAUGUUCAAUGUAACAAUCAAAACCCAACCAGAUCAUAUCAUAUUGAAUCAGUAGAUAUUUCUGAUCAUAAUCAAAGUAAACAGCUGUUACUUGAAACAAAAACAGAAGUCGAUAAUAAAAGUGAUGAUAAGAUCGAUCAAAGUUCUUCGCAACAUUCAUCUGAUAUCAAUAGUGAAACUAAUUCUUACAUACAAUCAAAUCUUCGUGAGAUCUCAGAAGAAUUCAAAACACAAAGUGAAAUUAAUGAAACAGAAAUUUUGCCAGGCACAGCAUCUAUUGGCCAAUCAUUAAGAAAUAUCGAAAACAAUACUUUUCCAAAUCAAUUGAACUCGAAUAUCAUCAAUACUCGUCCAUUAAAUGAACUUGAAGUACUUGAUGAGCAAAAUCAAAAUCAAAACAAAGAAUCCUUGUGUUCAUCAUCAGGUGUUAUCAAUGAAAAAUCUGGAGAAAAUCACAAUGUUUCCAUGUCUCAAACGGAACCGGAUGAUAUUCUUGGUAAUAAAUCUUUACUCAAACAUACAAUCACACCCGGCAAACCUGAUACACGUCCAAGUCGAGGUGCAAUCGCAACGGUUUCUUAUAAAUUAUUUUUAAUUGAUGAUUCUACAGCAGAUUCUCAUCUUAUUGAAACCGUAACUAAUGAAAGUUUUUUUGUUAGCGAAUCUGAUAUUUUACCAGCAAUCGAUAUUUCUAUUCAAUUAAUGGACCGUGGUGAACAUGCUUUUAUUGAUGCCGACAUGCGACAUGGCUAUGGAGAAAUUGGUUGUAUAGAAAAAGAAAUUCCACCAAUAUCACCAAAUAUUAAAUAUCGAAUGAAAAUUGAUUUAGAAUUUCAUGAUUGGAAGGAUGCACCUGAUAUUCAGACAUUGUCCAUUGAUGAACGACUUCAUUGGAGUGAUAAAAAGAGACAACGAGGAAAUUUUUCAUAUCGUCGAAAAGAAUAUUCAAUUGCUCUUCAAUGUUAUCGUAGUGCCUUAAAAUUUUUAAACACAGAUCAAUAUCCGUUAUUAGAGCAAGACACAGAAUCCUCAAUAUUUGUCGAGCAGUAUAUUCAAGUACAAAAUAAUCUUGCACAAGUUCAUUUAUUAAAUAAUCAAUUUGAUCAAUGUUUGGAUGCUGCCAAUGAAGUUUUAAAGCGUGAUCCAAAUAAUAUAAAAGCUUCAUUUCGACAAGCAAAAGCUUUAUUUGAAUUAGGGAAUUAUGAUCAAACAAUUCCGAUAUUAAAAUUACUAUUACAAAGUCAAAAUAACGAUAUUGAAAGAAAUAAAAUUAAUGAUAUGUUAAAUAUUUGUAAAACGAAAUUAGAAAAAUAUAAAAAAAAUGAAAAAGAGAUUUUUAGAAGAAUGUUUUCAUCACCAUCAUCAACAACAAUAACAACAGUGAAGGAGAAACUUCAAUCCAAAAAUAUUGCAAAGGUUGAAAACAAGAAUAAGACCGCUUGGUGGACAUAUGUUGCGAUGGGUAGCGCUGUUUUAGCUGCUGUUGGUCUUGCUGCAAUAGCUAAAUAUCGAUAA